UCAGUCACAUUUUAUCAUCUAGAAAUAAAAGGUUGGGAAUCCCGUAAUUAGGGUUUCUUCGCUCUUCCCUCGUAGGCCGUAGCUCACUAGACUGAACGCAUCUCCUCCCUGCUCAUCCUCGUCCUCCGGAGAGCGGUUCUCAAUCAUGGCGGAACAGACGGAAAAGGCGUUUUUGAAGCAGCCGAAGGUGUUUUUGUGCUCGAAGAAAUCCGGGAAGGGUAAAAGGCCUGGCAAGGGCGGAAACCGAUACUGGAAAAGCAUUGGUUUGGGGUUUAAGACGCCUAGGGAGGCAAUCGAAGGUACCUAUAUUGAUAAGAAAUGCCCCUUCACCGGCACUGUUUCCAUCAGGGGCCGUAUUCUUGCAGGUACCUGCCACAGUGCUAAGAUGAUGAGGACAAUCAUUGUUCGCCGUAACUAUCUCCAUUAUGUGAAGAAAUACCAGAGAUAUGAGAAAAGACACUCUAAUAUACCUGCCCAUGUAUCGCCAUGUUUCCGUGUGAAAGAGGGCGACCAUGUGACCAUUGGCCAGUGCAGACCAUUAUCCAAGACAGUAAGGUUCAAUGUAUUGAAGGUAAUGGCUGCUGGAUCAUCUGGUGGAGGAAAGAAGGCUUUUACAGGAAUGUAAGGUUUCUCUCUUAUUAGAAGGGGGAAAAGGUCCAAGGUCUUUGUCUAUUUUUCACCUCAGCCUGUGGUGUUUUCGUUAUGAGUUUUACAUCAAGAUGUCGGGGAUGUUAUAGCAAUGUGAUUUCUAGCCAUAUAUUUGUUUAUUUUGACAUGCAGCUUGUAGCAGUUUAUCAUUGCAUUCUAUGAUUUCUGGUUUUGAUGCAAAGAAAAGAUGGCUUUCUUUA